GGUGUGUCACGUGCCUGCAUGUGGGCGGUGGUGGCGGAAUGGCGGGUACCCGUUUUCCUCUCCGGUGAGGCGGCCUUUCCUAGCAGCUGCGGCCGCCCAAGCCCGGUCCCAUCUCGGUCUUGGAGGACCCGCCUCGGCACAGCCGGGCUCGGUCCAACCUUGCGCUGAAUAAAGAUGACAGCAAUUAAGCAUGCAUUACAAAGAGACAUUUUUACACCAAAUGACGAACGCCUGCUGAGUAUUGUAAAUGUCUGCAAAGCAGGGAAAAAGAAAAAAAACUGUUUCUUGUGUGCCACAGUGACAACUGAACGCCCUGUGCAGGUAAAGGUGGUCAAAGUCAAGAAAUCUGAUAAAGGGGAUUUCUAUAAAAGGCAGAUUGCUUGGGCCCUUCGAGACCUUGGUGUGGUAGAUGCCAAGGAUGCUAGUAAGGAAAGUCCUGAAUUUGACUUACAUUUUGAGAAAAUAUAUAAAUGGGUGGCCAGCAGCACUGCUGAAAAGAAUGCAUUCAUUUCAUGCAUUUGGAAAUUGAAUCAGCGAUAUCUCCGGAAGAAAAUUGAUUUUGUCAAUGUUAGCUCACAGCUUUUGGAAGAACUGCCUAAAGUUACAGAAGAAUCUGUACCUAGUGGAGAAAACCAGAGUGUGACAGGAGGUGAUGAAGAAGUAGUGGAUGAAUACCAAGAGUUAAAUGCAAGAGAAGAGCAAGAUAUUGAAAUAAUGAUGGAAGGCUGUGAAUAUGCAAUCUCUAAUGCUGAAGCCUUUGCAGAAAGGUUGUCCAGAGAGCUGCAGGUGUUAGAUGGGGCCAAUAUCCAAUCGAUUAUGGCCUCUGAAAAACAAGUGAACAUCCUGAUGAAGUUGCUGGAUGAGGCUCUCAAGGAAGUAGAUCAGAUUGAAUUGAAACUGAGCAGUUAUGAGGAAAUGCUCCAAAGUGUCAAAGAACAAAUGGAUCAAAUCUCUGAAAGCAACCACCUAAUUCAUCUUAGUAACACUAACAAUGUAAAACUCCUGUCUGAGAUAGAGUUCCUUGUGAACCACAUGGACUUGGCCAAAGGUCAUAUAAAAGCCCUUCAGGAAGGAGAUCUUGCUUCCUCCAGAGGCAUUGAGGCCUGCACCAAUGCAGCUGAUGCACUCCUACAGUGCAUGAAUGUAGCUCUUCGACCAGGCCAUGACAUGCUCUUGGCAGUCAGACAGCAGCUGCAGCGUUUCAGUGAUUUGCGAGAGCAUUUUGCCCGAAGACUGGCCAAUCACCUCAACAAUGUCUUCGUUCAACAGUUUACUCAGGCCCUCAUCCAACUCUAUAACAGGUCCUACUUUCUUUCGGUGCCUGGUCAUGAUCAGAGUUCAACUCUUGCUCAACACUCUGUUGAACUGGCUUUACCCAACCAUCAUCCAUUUCAUAGAGACUUGCUCCGAUAUGCCAAACUGAUGGAGUGGCUAAAGAGUACAGAUUAUGGAAAAUAUGAGGGACUGGCAAAGAAUUACAUGGAUUAUUUAUCACGACUGUAUGAGAGAGAAAUUAAAGACUUCUUUGAAGUUGCAAAGAUCAAGAUGACUGGUACAACUAAAGAAAGCAAGAAGUUUGCUACACUGCCUCGAAAAGAAAGUGCUGUCAAACAGGAAACCGAGAGUCUUCAUGGAAGUUCUGGGAAAUUAACUGGAUCUACUUCUAGUCUAAAUAAACUUACUGUUCAGAGUUCAGGGAAUCGCAGAUCUCAAUCAUCUUCAUUGUUGGAUAUGGGAAACAUGUCUGCCUCUGAUCUUGAUGUUGCUGACAGAACCAAAUUUGAUAAGAUCUUUGAACAGGUCCUCAGUGAACUGGAGCCUCUAUGUCUGGCAGAACAGGACUUCAUUAGUAAAUUUUUCAAGCUGCAGCAUCAGAGUAUUCCUGGAACUGUGACUGAAGCAGAGGACCUAGAUGGAGGAACAUUAUCACGGCAACAUAAUUCUGGCACACCACUGCCUGUUUCAUCUGAGAGAGAGAUGAUUCGUCAAAUGAUGAUUAAAAUAUUUCGCUGCAUUGAGCCAGAACUGAACAACCUAAUUGCAUUAGGAGACAAAAUUGAUAGCUUUAACUCCCUUUACAUGCUGGUCAAAAUGAGUCAUCAUGUGUGGACUGCACAAAACAUGGACCCUGCUUCUUUUCUGAGUACUACCUUGGGAAAUGUUUUGGUGACUGUCAAAAGGAACUUUGACAAAUGCAUUAGUAACCAAAUAAGGCAAAUGGAAGAAGUAAAGAUCUCAAAGAAGAGUAAAGUAGGAAUUCUUCCAUUUGUUGCUGAAUUUGAAGAAUUUGCUGGACUUGCAGAAUCAAUCUUUAAAAAUGCUGAGCGUCGUGGAGAUCUAGAUAAAGCAUAUACUAAACUUAUUAGAGGAGUAUUUGUUAAUGUGGAGAAAGUAGCAAACGAAAGCCAGAAGACACCCAGGGAUGUAGUUAUGAUGGAAAACUUUCACCGUAUUUUUGCUACACUUUCUCGUUUGAAAAUCUCAUGUCUAGAAACUGAAAAAAAAGAAGCCAAACAAAAAUACACAGAUCAUCUUCAGUCCUAUGUCAUUUAUUCUUUAGGACAACCUCUUGAAAAACUAAAUGUAGUGUGGCACUCCAUGCAAGAUGAAUUUAUACGCCAAUACAAGCACUUUGAAGGUUUGAUAGCUCGCUGCUAUCCUGGAUCUGGUGUUACAAUGGAAUUUACUAUUCAGGACAUUCUGGAUUAUUGCUCCAGCAUUGCACAGUCCCACUAACCCUAACCCUUAGGCAAGAAGAAAAGAUAAAUGAAGAAAGCACUUUGAAUACUCCAGAAGCUAUUCAAAAAUAUCAAGCAGGUCUUUUGAGAACCCAGACCUGAAAUUGUAUGUAUUAUUAAAUGUCAGAUAUAUGGGUAAUGCCAUACUACAAACACUCAAAAGCAAAAGUACCAACAUAUAUAGCAGUUUUAUUUUCCCAAUUGGUUGUGUACUAACAUAAAGCAUUUAUCUCAUCAUAAAAUUCCUUUAGCAUUUUUCUAUGACUGAACAAGAAAUAUUCCCUUAUUGCCCAGCUUCUUAUAGCUAAGAGUGGUUAUCCUAUGAAUGCAUUGGGAGUUUGUCAGCUUUCACAAAUUCACUAUUGUUUACAAAUCAUGGAACUGCUAAAAUACUGUUCAGAAUUUUUUCCCUCUAACUAAUGAGCAUGUGGAUAUGAGAUCAGUUAUAAACUUGGGUUUUGAGGAUUACGUGACUGCAGCAAUGAAUCUGAAAUAAAGAAACUUUUGAAAAAGUUCAAAUUUGAUAAUAUUCUUCAAUCUGUUAUAUGCUGUUUUUUGAAUAAAAACAAGUCCUUACAGAAUCAAUAUACAGAAAUUAAUUACAUGUCCAUUUACCACAAAAUACUUAAAAGUAUAAUGAAAUGAUAAAAAUAAAAUCAUUUAUAGUAGCAUCAAAAAUAUUUGGCAUUUAGCACUAAAUCUAACAAAACCUGUGCUAGGACUGUAUGGUGUUCCCCCUAAUUCGUAUGUGGAAGCCCUAACCAUCAGCACCUCAAUGUGACUGUCUUAGGAAAAGGGCUUUAAGGGGUUAUUAAGGUUAAAUGGAAUGGUAAGGGUGGAGCCCUGAUCCAGUAGAACUGGUGCACUUAUGAGAAGACAGGCCAGAGCUCUCUGUCUGCCAUGUGAGAACACAGCAAGAAGUUGGCCAUCUGUAAGCCAGGAAGAGAACUCACCAGAACCCAACUAUCCUGGCAUCCUGAUCUUGGAUGUCAAGCCUCCAAAGCUGAGAAAAUAAAUUUCUGUUGUUUAAGCCA